GAGCAGAAAAUCUGAAUAUCAGAAUGACUUCUGAAGCAUCAUGUGACUGGAGUAAUGAUGCUAAAAAUUCAGCUUUGACAUCACAGGAAUAAAUUACGUUUUAAAAUAUAUUAAAAUAGAAAACAGAUAUUUUAAACUUUUCAACAUAAAAAUGAAAAAGUGUGACACUGUUUUGACACUCCCAUUAACUGGCAACUACCCUAAAAUGUUACUAAGGAACUGCCACAAGAACAACUGGUUACACUGCAAAAGUGAAAUGAAAGUAUAAUUUUUUACAAAGGAAAAGAGAAAUGGCAGUUUUGAGAUUGACGUCUGUAACCCUCCCAUUCAACAUAAAACACUUAAACAUUCCAUCCAAAACAUAGAUGUCACUAAAUAUCAGCUUCAAUUUGCCAUGGAAUUUUUUACCAGUUGGUUUCAGUUUGGCAGUUUCAAAUCAUAUUACUAAGAGACCAGACAAAAUUAGGAGAACAUCAUGACGGAAGAGUAUACAUAUGAUCCAGAAGACCAACCAUGUCACAAAGAAGAAGUGAUCAGAGUUGGAUCUAUUGUAAUUCCAGUUUUCUUCACUCUUCUGGUUGUGUUUAGUUGCAUUGGUAACCUGCUGGUUCUGCUCAUCCUGGUGCUGUAUGAGAAGUUUAGAUCGCUGAUCAACAUCCUGAUCUGCAAUUUAGCUCUGUCAGAUCUGCUGUUCACGUCUGGACUUCCAUUUUGGGCUUUGUACUUCGUCUGUGGUUGGACGUUUGGAGAAGCUGGCUGUAGAACGGUGAAGUUUCUAUUCUACGCUGGCUUUUACAGCAGCGUGUUGUUCUUGACUCUAAUGACCGUUCAGCGUUACAUGGCAGUGGUUCAUCCUCUGUCUGACUGGGAGGCAUGCAAAUGCUUUUCAGUUGCUCCUCUCAUCAUAUGGUUCUUGAGUGGAACAGCUGCACUUUUAGUCUCUCUUCACAGCAAAGUCUUAGAACACGAAGGGAGUUUUUAUUGUGAAUUUGACAGUAUUCAGGUAAAACAUGCCGCUGUUUAUUUACAGAAUGUUUUCUUCCUGGUUGCAUUUUGCAUCAUGGGAUUUUGUCAGGUAAGAAUGUUCCAGACAGUCGCUCAAUCUCAAAUAAAGCGGCGACACAAGACUAUCCGACUCAUAUUCUGUGUCGGGCUGGUAUUCUUCAUUAGUUGGGCUCCAUACAACAUUGUUAUGUUUUUAAGAAUUCUGCAAGAUUAUGAUUUGUCUUCAUUCACAGAUUGUAAUGUAUCCAUUUGUCUUGAUUAUGCAUAUUAUGCCUGCCGGCUGUUGGCUUUUUCACAUUGCUGCUUAAACCCAGUGCUUUAUGCUCUGAUUGGAGAAAGAUUUCGGAAACAUCUGAAGACAAUAUUGAAAAAAUUGUGUUCAAAAUAA